ACAAUCCAAAUCCUAACAUUCCUAACAAUAAAUCAGAUGUGCAUGACAAGCAAAGAGGGUCGUCCUUUUCAAUGUUCUCAUUUUUUUCAAACUAUUUAGAAAAUACAUCGAUUACAGAUGUCAUCAAUUUCUACUGGAACACAGCUUUUUUGUAUCUAACAGAUUUUCUUUCCUGUUUUCGAGAGGCACAAAAAGAAACUGCAAAAAAUCUGCUAGACAGAAUACCAGACACCAUACAAUUCGACGAUUUUCAGUGGAAGUUGCUAAAGAUUUUUUCAGGGCUUCUCUUAUUCAACUUAAUAUCUAUUGCAUUUGUUUGGAAAAGAUACGGAAAAAUUCUUUGUGGUCGCUUUGUGAAAAACUCCACUCUGAGAGAAAUAGAGGAACUGAAAGCUAGCGUGGCAAAAUUGAAACUCCCUAAAGAACACACACCUAGAAUCUAAAAUGGCAGAAAAAAUAAAGAAAUUCUUUGCCAAGAAAAAAGCAGACACCAAAUUCAAGCUUGCUGGGCCAGGUCACAAACUCAAUGAAUCCUCUACAACUGUUGUUGUGGGUCCUAGCAAAAAGAAACCCGCCUAUGUGCCAUCCAAAGUAGAACCUUCAGAAGCAGCUAGACAGGCUGCAGAAGCUGCCAUGGUUAGACUUUCAGGACAGAGAAAAGACACUGCUUUCAACACUUCCUUGGCUGCUAUACAAGCUAAGGUGCGCAGAGAAUUGGAAGCUGAAAAUAAGAGCCAAGCACAGGCUCAGGGUUUGCCUAUGAGGCCUGUAGAGACUGAGUUGGAAGUUUCUGCUCAUUUGGCUGUCAAAGGUGUGUAUUUCAAAUGUGCUCUUAUUAGUGAUGAAGUUUUGACCAAAGAUGAAUGGAAAGUAAAAAUUAAGGAAUUCUUAUUGAAUACUUUGGAAGAAGAAAGAGGAAUGACAUCUUGCCUAAUGAUUUAUUCUUGUAAUUACAAUAGAAGCAAAGUACUAGAAUGUGUUAAUGUACUGUGUAGAUACCUAGAUAACCUAAUAGGAAACCCAGAGGAACCAAAGUUCCACAAAAUCAGAUGUUCCAAUGCUACUUUUUGUGAUAAAGUCAUUCCAAUUUUGGGGGCCCAAGAUUUUCUAUAUGCAGCUGGUUUUAGACAGCAAAAACUGGAGAAUAAUGGUGUAGAGGAAGAUUUCUUGGUGUGGUCAAUAGAAAAUAUAGACAAUUUUGAUACAUUGCAGUUCCUCAGAGAUACAUUGAAAGCUGAAGAACGAGUGGAAUUGGAGAUUGACAGGAAUAUACAAGUAUUAUCUCCUGCCCAAGCUUCUCAAAGAAUUGAGCUGCCCCAAGAUUUCUAUGCAAUGACUGCUGAAGAAUUGAAAAAAGAAAAACAGCAGAGGGCUGAAAUGGUUGAAAAGCAAAUGCAGCUGAGGACGAAAGCCAUGAGAGAGAAAGAUGAAAUUCGAGAAAUCAGGAAAUACAAGUUUUGUCUAAUAAGGAUUAGAUUUCCAGAUGGAUUAUAUUUACAGGGUACAUUUUCCGUGUACGAAAAAUUCUCGGAAAUCCUGGACUUCGUCAAAGAAAACCUGGAACACGAAGGACUACCCUUCAUUCUCUCAGUCCCUACGGGCCACAAGCUGGAAGAGUCGGACAAAGAGUCCACUCUGGCAGACUUGCGGCUAGUCCCGGCCACCAUUUUGAUGUUCCAGUGGGACCCUUUGGUAGAAGAAGACCUCAGGGCUGCGGGGAAUAUUGCUUAUCUGAAGCCAGAAGUCAUGCUGCUGGUCCAGUCGAUGUGAUGGAAUGGAAGAGGUGCCGAGUUGUUCUGAAUUUUUACUUUUUAGGUCGUCUGAAUAAAGGUUCGGAAUGUU